CAUUGUACUCACUGUUCUGUCUCUUUUUUCCUCUUUCUCCUGUGUGUGUGAGAGAAUUUUUAAUCCUUCUCUCUACUUGCUUUUGGCGGCACUUAUUAUUGCAUAAUAGCUCUUUCUUUAAUACCUUAAAAUUCAGCUCAAUUUUGAAGAUAAAUAAUCAUUGUGUGUUGACAUUGUUUUUGUUGUUUCUAUUUCACUUCUCCAAGAUUCACUUCAGUAAGCUCUUUUCCUUUUUUUCUUUCAUUUUUCAUUGUUAUGGCUUUAUCUUUAUCAUUACUACAUUACUAUACUCAACAAUAUCUGCAUAGCAAUUAUUACUAUUUUCAUGUUUUUCCUGUAAGGAAUACUAUAUUUCUUACCUUGAAAAUCAUUGCAAUAUUUAUGAUAUGUGUUUAUGCUGAUUGUGAAGCUGAUCUAAAUAUCUUUGUGUAUCAUUAAAAAUUUUAAAGCAUGUUGAAUGAUAAUCUAUAAUCUACAUGCAGCCUCAUGUCAAUUGCUGUUGAAUUUCACUCACCCUUGCAAAAGACUGAUUUCUUUCCUAUUUUUUUACUCUUAUUUUUCAUAUAUAACAGUAUUGCAGGACUAUUGAUUUAUUGAUGGGACAAGAGUUGAAUCUCAAUGAAAAGUCUUGUGAGAGUCUCAGUCCCAAUUCUGUUCUUCCAUCUCAUCAAAACUGUUUGAAUAUGAAGGAGAAAGCAUAUAGAAAUGAGAAAUUCAAAGAGUACUUUUCUGAGAUCAAUUCUUCAUGCAAGAGCCUUCCAUGUAGAUCUCAUAAACUAGAAGCGAAUACCGAAAACAGACGCGGUUCCGUUUAUCAGAGUUCAAAUCAGGUAAUCAAUAUAAACAAAAUGGCCACCAUAUUAGAAGAAAGAAAAAAAAUAGAAAUUUCAAGUAGGACUAGUAGUGAUGCCUCUUUUUCUAGUAGUAGCAUUUUUCAUUCUUUAUGUGGUUCAGAUGAUGAAGAUUCUAUGAUAUCUCAUCAUUCCGAAAUGAGUCCUCAAUCUCCAUCUGUUUCUGGUUCUUGUGCUUGUAUGGAUCAUACCAUAUCAAAUGGUUUUAUUGAAUUGUGCAUAAAUUCAGACUUUUGUGAUAAAAAAUGUAGUGUAGUAGAAGGAUUAGGUUCUGUAAAUUCAAAGAUUAGAAGUAAUACGAUUACUAAAUCUCUUUUAAGUGGUAAUAAUUCUCCUCUUCAAAAAGUGGAAAUCUCUGACUCUCACCAACCAUAUCCAUCAGAAAGUGAUUCUACAUCAAGAGUGAGUUCAAAAGUCCCAUUCAGUCCUAUCAGAAAAAGGCUAAGCCCUUUCACAAAGUCAAAAAAAGUUGCAAGAAACAUGGCUUGUCAAAAAUCAUUGUUGAAUGACUUUUCCAACACAACAAAAGAUGCUGCUGACAUGGUUUCUGAACUUGUCAAUAGAGAUAUCAAGAAUGCUAGUUUAGCAUGUUCACCUGUUCAUUUGCAUGGUAAUCUCAAGUUGAAAACCAAACAAGGAGUUCCUUAUUUUGAGUUUAAGGUAAAUUCUCCUGAAGAUGUCUUUGUCGCCAAGACAUGGAGAGUAGGUAAUGCUUUCAAUUGGGUAUACACCUUUCACUCUCUUGAUAAUAGAAAGAAGAACAAUGCAGGUAGUUUGGGAUCUCAACAUUGCGAGAAAGACUCGUCAAUGAUAGCACAAAUGCUAGUUUCCUAUAGUUUAUGUACUGAAUCAGAAGAUGGAGUAUUUGGAAACUAUAUGGUAACAGAAUUUGUGGUGUAUGAUUUUACACACUCAAGAAAAAGUGAUUCUAAAACUCUGAAUGCUUCUAGUCUUGAAAGUGCUGCUAUUGUUUUGCGAAUUCCGUUUCAUAAGAGAGAAAGCUUGAAAAACAAAAGCGGCGAUAGAAUAAAUAAUAAAGCAUAUUCCAAACCAAGUGAUAUAUCUUCACCAAUAGAGCAAGUGAAGGUGGUAUUACCGAUUGGCAACCAUGGUUUGCCAAGUGGUGAAAGCGAGGGUCCUUCAUCGUUACUUGAUCGAUGGAAACAUGGUGGAGGUUGUGACUGUGGUGGCUGGGACAUGGCCUGUCCCCUUAUUCUUUUAGGCAACCCCGGUGUUCAAUUUCAUGGAGAUAGCCCUCUUGCGGAAAACUAUCAACCACUCGAACUUUUUUCUCAGCCUCAGGGAAUCAAAGAAAGUAUUCCUACAUUUAGCAUGACAUUAGUUGAAGAGGGGCAAUAUGCAAUUGAUUUCCAUGCAAAAUUAUCUCCAUUACAAGCUUUCUCCAUUUGUGUCGCCAUUUUGCAUGGCACCUCCGCCUUCAGUUCUACGGCAGAAAAGGAGAAAAACCGACAGUUAUCUCAAUGCAAUUCACUAAAUACACUUAUUGAAGAGGAAGUAGAACUUUUUAUCAAAUCGGUCGCAACAGAAGAGAACAAGACAAUGUCUAAUAUUCAACAGAGAAUUCAUCGAUCAUGUGGGCUGAAACCGCCUUUUUCUCCUAUUGGGCGAGUAUAAAGCGUACGUAGUCUACACUUCACACUUGAAUUCCAACAUAGGCUGAUUGGAGGCCGCAACCUCGGGCGAAAAAUAUUUGUUACCAGCUAUGAGUCUAUAAUGUAUGCAAUUGUUCAUAGGACCUGAAAUUUGGUAACAAGGGAACAUGUUGAGGAUGGGGAUUCACAUCAAUAUGUCAAAAGAAUAUAUAUAUGACAAUUUGUUAUAUCAAAUAUUGUCUAUGUUAUAAUGGGAUAAUUAGAGGGAAAGAUAAAGAAUAAACAAUAUAUAGGAACUGAUGAAUAUCUCUAUUCUAGAUAAGCAGCUCUUUCUAUGUUAACGCUUUGUUGGAAGUGUCAGUUCUAUACUCAUAUAUCAAAUGAAAGAUUUUUGGCAAUAUUCAUGCUAGAUGCAAAAUACUCAUUUCU